AUGAAGCGAAUAAGUCAGCCAUCGGUUUUAAACUUUUUCGAGAAGAAAAAAAAAUCCGAAAGUAGAACCACCCUGCAAAUUAAUCAACCCUCAUCUCUUUUUGUGUCUGACCCAACUGAUCCUGAAGCUUCAAGUCCUUCUGAAAAAGUUUCUUCCGUUGAAGGAGAACAAGAGCUAUUAUUUGAAAAUGAUGUAGGAAUCUAUUUAGGAAAUCCACCGACAGAUAACGAAAAAAAGUUUAAAGUUUUUCAAAACCCGUGGAUGCCACCUUUAUCAUAUAAAUUUCCUGUGAGUGAUAAACGACGUCUUUCUUUCCAACGCCACUGGAUGGAACAAUAUUCUUGGCUCGUAUUUUCAGAUGUUGCCAAAGGUGCUCUUUGCAAAGUGUGCGUUUUAUUUGGUCGUAAUCAUGGUGGUCGUGGUGGACAAGAACUACGGUCUUUAGUUGCCAUCCCAUUUAUAAAUUGGAAAAAAGCUAAACAAAUAUUUGACAGUCAUACUUUAAGGGGUAAAAAUGAAACUGGCAAAAUAGGUUUAACAGAACCCCCCUAUAAUGAUGGCAACUUUCGUGCAAUUUUGCGAUUUCGUGCAAGAUCGGGUGAUCAUUUCCUAAAGGAACAUAUUUUAUCCCAAACAUCCGACAGUCGAUCAAUGUUCACGUCACCAACUAUACAGAACGAAAUUAUUGAUCUAUGUGGCAAUUUUAUUCAAGAAAAUGUUGUCAAUAGAAUAAAAUAUGCUGGAUUUUUUACCAUUCUUGCUGAUGAAACGCAAGACAUAUCAAGGUACGAACAAUUAGCUUUGUGCAUUCGGUACGUAGACGAUUCUUCUGCAGAUAAUGUAUUUAUCAGAGAAGAUUUCUUAGAGUUUGUGCAUGUAAAAGAUGUGACAGCUUCAGCGUUGGCCACCACCAUCAUGCAAUGUAUAAUGACUCUUGGAUUAGAUAUGGAGAUGUUAGUUGGCCAAGGAUAUGAUGGCGCUGCUGUGAUGAGUGGUCAAUUUCGAGGAGUGCGCACAAUAAUCUCAGAGAAAUACCCAAAAGCUCAGUUCAUCCAUUGCUCAGCCCAUACUUUAAAUUUGGUUUUGGCACACUCUUGUGAAAUCCCUAUGAUCCGAAACUGUAUUGGUACUAUUAAGACUGUAAUUAAUUUUUUUAGACAAUCCGCGUUACUUGAUGGUCUUCUUAAAGAUGCAGCAGAGUCAGCUGGAGCUAUUCACUUGAAUCUGGUUUCUCUUUGUGAAACCCGUUGGACUGAAAAACAUUUGGCAGUAGAACGAUUUGCAGAAAUGUUUUCUGUAGUAACAGAAGCACUGCAAGCUCUACAAGAUAGUCGAAGAGAAUGUGCAUCACAAGCCUACCAAUUAAAACAAGCAAUAGAAAACUCACAGUUUGUAGUAUCGAUGCUCAUUUUGCGAAAAGUUUUCAGUUUCACGUCAACUCUUAAUAAAAUUCUUCAAACUCAAAAUAUUGAUUUGACCGAAGCGUGCAAAUAUGUAGACAUCGUAAAAAAAACAUUAGAAGACAUACGAAAUGAUGAUGAAUUUUUAAAAAUUGUGACAGAUUCUAAAGAAUAUUUAGGUAUUGAGUCACUUACAGCACCUAGAAUCACAAACAGACAAAAAGGACGAAGCAAUAAUCCUGCAGAGACAGCCGAAAUAUAUUAUAAAAUAAAUGUUUACUAUCCAUUUCUUGACUAUGUUCUAAGCGAACUAGCAGCCAGAUUUUCUAACCAUCACGAAAAGAUCGGGAACCUACAGAUCUUAAUUCCAAAAUUUAUGAAAAAUAAGAAUGAUGCUAAAAGCAAAUUGACAGAAAUCCAUAAAAUGUACCUGGUAAAUGAAAAACUUGAAAAUCUGUUGUGUGAGUAUCAAUUAUGGACCAAGAAGUGGGAAGGAAUAAGUGAUGACUUGAAUGAGUUUAAUGCAAUUAAAACAUUGGAAAAGUGUGAUAAACAGUUUUUUCCUCUCAUUUAUAAUCUUCUCAAAAUUUUAGCCACUCUUCCUGUGUCUACUGCUAGUGCGGAACGUUCCUUUUCUACAUUAAAGCGGUUAAAGACGUAUUUACGAAACACCAUUGGUCAAGAGCGACUAACUGGACUUACUCUUCUAAAUAUUUAUAGAGAUGUAACUGUCGAUCCUUUACUCAUUGUGAACAAGCUAACACAACGUAGGAAACGAUUAAAUUUACUUGUAUAA